GGAAGACACAAGCAUCCUAGGGAUUUUGUCUACAAUGUCUUAUCUCCAGGGAGACGGCCUCAAAUGCCUUCAGCGGAGUCCUCCAGGAGCCCUUCAAGGCAUCUCACUGUCAUAUCGGAAUUCACCAGCUCAAGUCGACUCUGGUUGCUGCGUCUAUUCACCGGGGCCUCCAUCACUCUCUCUACUUGCUGGCAGCGUAUAUAGUCUGCGAUGCUGUUCCCCUUCGACUUCUUCCUCUUCCUCUUUCUCUUCCUCACCGUCGCUCUUCUCUCACUCUCUCUCCUCUCCUCUCCUGCAAUCAUCUCUGACAUACUGAAUACUGUCGAUACCAGCCCCUGAAGAUACAUGACCUUCACUGCCAUUAAUACCAUGGAGAUCAUCAAGUCCGGCCCGGAACAGGCGGAAGCCAGUCAGUCUCAGACGACCACUCCUCGCAGGCGUGGACACAAGAUCGUUAUCAAAGACGAAGGUGAUGCCGACGGGAAUGAUGACACCUCCCCUUCAAAGAAGGCCAAAACUACCAAAGGCUCGCCAAAGAAAGCGGCUGUCAUUCCCAUCCCGACAUCUCUCGAGGCGGCCGGCCCAGAGGACCGCAUGCUUCUUCGCAUGAAAGAGGAAGAAGGAUGCAGCUGGAAAGAGAUUGCAGCAGCGUGGGAAUCCAUGGCUGGAAACAAGGUCCCUACUGCCUCUCUGUCUACUCGCUAUAUCCGUAUCAAGGCGAACUUGGCUGUUUUCCCGGGUGAGGACGAGGAGAACCUUAUCAGGGCAAAGAAGGAGAUCGAGGAGAAGUUCGAGGUGGAGAAGUGGCACAAAAUUGCUGAAGCAAUCAAUAGCAUCAGUGGAAAUAAAUAUUCCACUACGACUCUUCAGAAGAAAUUCAAGGAAAUCACCAAGAAAGGUCAGGUUGCCAACAGUACCUCCGUCAAAGAGGAGUGAAUUCACUGCGCAGCGAUGGUCUUAGGGUUCUGGUCUUGUGUGUAUGGUCGGCGGGAGUGUGAAAGCCUGAGAAUUGUCUUGUAGAUUGACGGUGAUACGUUGGGUUGAUCAAGCUAGGAUAAUGCAAUCAUGUCCAGGUUGAGUAUCAAAACCAAUCUAGA